AUGGGCUCUCCAACAACCCCCGAGGGGUUCUGGAUUGAUGGGCUCCUGUUUACUUUUGGUGCUGGAAAACAUGGGCAGCUUGGUCACAAUUCAACACAGAAUGAGUUAAAACCCUGUUUGGUGGCUGAGCUCCUUGGGAAUAGAGUAACCCAGAUAGCAUGUGGAAGGCGGCACACACUUGCCUAUGUGUCUGAUUUGGGGAAGGUCUUUUCUUUUGGUUCUGGAGAAGAAGGACAACUGGGAAACGGUGGAACGCAGAAUCAGCUGAUACCACUUCCCAUGAAAUUGCCAUCAAAUGAAGAACUCAAGUUUGAAAGCCAUACCUCAGAAAAUGAGUUAAUAAUAAUUGCUGGAGGAAAUCAAAGCAUUUUGCUCUGGAUGAAAAAAGAGAAUUCGUACGUUAAUCUGAAAAGGAAAAUUCCUACAUUGAAUGAAGGGACUGUGAAGAGAUGGAUUGCUGAUGUGGGGACUAAGCAGUGGCAAAAUACAAAAAGGGAAUUCAGAGAGAUAUUUUCAUCUCCUGCAUGUCUGACAGGAAGUUUUGUAAAGGAAAGAAUAGCUGCAGACACCAUGAUUACUCAUUUGGACUUAACUAAAGCAAGAAACACCUUUAAGGAGUUAACCCAGAAAGACCAGAUUACUAACAUGAUAACUACAUGUCUCAGGGAUCAUCUGCUCGGAGCUCUUCCAUGCCGUUCUCCACACCAAGAAGCGUUGUCAGUUUUCCUUCUGCUCCCACAAUGUCCUGUGAUGCAUGAUCCUAGGAACUUGGAAAGUCUGGUGGUUCCCUUUGCACAGGCUGUUUGUAACAUGAGUGACCGAUCUUUACGAGUCCUGAAGCAGUGUUGGGCAUCUUUGCAAGAGUCUUCUCUCAACACAUUGGUCCAGAUGCUUAAAUCAGCCAUCAUUGCUCAAAUGAUUUAUUCGGGUGAAACACCUCAGAAUAACUGCAAUCUGAAACCUCUUCUAGAAAUGAUGAAAGAAGUGUACAAG